CAACAUUCAGUGCCGAAUCAAGUGCAAAUUAUCAACAGCCCUUCAAAACCAUGCUGAACGAUUUCGAGUCGCCCACCGCUAGCCCCGUGCUCAAAGCUGCGGCGCCUGACCCGCCGUCCCCUCAGCCCGCACCGACAUGCGCGACCCGCCAGCGCCACAGCCACAGCGUGGACGGGAGUCCGCGCAGCAACACGAACGUGAGCUCGGUGGCCACACUUGCCAACAAGGAAAUUAACCCGACGCAACACGUGCGUCGUCUCUCCACGGGCCAAAUGGCCGACGAGACGCUGCCCAAAGAGCGUAUCGACACCAUCAACGACUUUCUCCAGGAACGCAUCACUGCUCGCCCGCUCAUUGGCGUCGUGUGUGGCUCUGGUCUUGGUGGACUCAGCAAAUGUCUGGAGAAUCAGGAGGUUAUCAAAUACGAAGACAUUCCUCAAUUCCCUCGCUCCACUGUCGAAGGCCACGCCGGCGAGUUGGUCUUUGGAGACCUGGACGGUAUCCGUGUCGUGUGCAUGCGCGGCCGUUUCCAUUGCUACGAGGGCUACGCCAUGCGCGAGACAGCACUGCCUAUUCGCGUUAUGUACUUGCUAGGCAUCAAAUACCUACUGGUAACCAACGCCGCAGGUGGCCUAAACCCGGACUUUAAUGUGGGAGAUCUAAUGAUCAUGAAUGACCACCUCAAUAUGCCAGGGCUAUCAGGUCAGCACCCGCUUAUCGGCCCAAACGACUCUCGCUUCGGUGCUCGCUUCACCCCGCUAUCGAACUGCUACGACAAAAAGUUGCAGGAUCUGGCCGUCAAAGUUGCCGAAGAUCUCGGUCUAACUCACAAGGUCCGAAAAGGAGUCUACUGCUUCGUGUCUGGACCUACAUACGAGACGCCGACCGAGUGUCGCUUCCUCCGAUUGGUCGGGAGCGACGCUGUCGGCAUGAGUACAGUGCCCGAGGUCAUUGUGGCAGCCCACUGCGGACUGAAAGUCAUCGGUUUGUCGCUUAUCACUAACAAGGCGCUGUUCCCAGGCGAAGAGCGUGAGGCGGCUUCUCAUGAUGAAGUCCUGGAGACUGUCCAGGCCACACAAAACGACAUUAAGAGGUACGUGCGAGACCUGAUCGCAGAAAUCGGCAAGCAGCACCACGUGUAGACAAGCGCGAGGUACAUGUAAAUUAUACGUUGGCAAGCAAAGUUAGCUGUCGCAAGCAAACAAACUAGAAUCGAGCGAUUUAAAUUUUGUGACGCC